AACAAAGUCGGAUAGGACAAAAACUCGUCCAUGACCACCGUAAGUAGAGGACACGGGUAGAUUUGCUAUAGCUGGCAACAAUUGACAAGCAAAUUCAUUAUGUUCUCUCCAUCCAGCUCAGUUCACAAUAAAUCCACUUUGCUUGCUUCAACUUCUGGUGGAAACUCCGGAACCUAACUGAGAUCCAAGGAGGCAUGGGUUGGAGAUGUUGGUGUGUGGUUCUGGUUGUUCUUCUUCUUCAACCACUCAUAGAUUCUGCUUCUGCGAGCUCCAUUGUUAAGAACCUACCGGGUUAUGACGGCCAUCUUCCAUUCAACCUUGAAACCGGAUAUGUAGGGGUUGGGGAGGAGGAAGCUGUGCAAUUAUUUUACUUGUUUGUGGAAUCUGAAAGAAAUCCUUUAUUUGAUCCACUUCUGCUCUGGUUUGUUGGAGGUCCUGGUUGCUCUGCACUUUCUGCAUUCUUUUUCGAAAAUGGACCUCUAAGAAUGGAUCGAAAUUUGAGUGAAAAUAUUCCAAAACUUGAGCUGAACCCAUACUCAUGGACCCAUAUGUUGAACAUGUUAUACAUAGAUAUUCCGGUGGGCACUGGAUUUUCUUACUCAAAAACGCAACAAGGUUACUAUAGUAGUGACACAUUAUGGGUUGACCAUACAUAUGCUUUUCUACAAAAGUGGUUUAUUGAUCAUCCAAAGUUCAACUCAAAUCCAUUUUACGUUGGUGGUGGCUCGUAUUCAGGAUCUCCUACUGCUCCUCUCGUUCAAAAAUUAUAUGAUGGUUACGUAGCAGGUCGUGUACCACGCAUUAAUAUCAAAGGUUACGUGAUUGCAAGCCCAGCGGUGGACGCAUAUGAGAGCGAGAACACGAAAGUGUUGUAUGCAUACCAGAUGUCUCUCAUACCAGAAUUACUCUAUCAGUCGAUAAAAGAACAUUGUGGUGGUAAUUAUGUAAAUAUUGAUCCAGAAGACACAAAGUGUGUUUCAGAUUAUGAAGCUUAUUCCGAGCUUAUGGAUUUGCAGUUAGUUCGUUAUAUAAAUCCACAACAAAUUUUGGAACCUUUGUGUGAAACGACACCUGGUGUGAAUCAUGGAAUUUUACAAUCCUCACUUCAACAUCCUUCAGAAUUUUGGUGUAGAAGUUAUUCUCACAUUCUUGUGGACACAUGGGCAAAUGAUCAAAGUGUGAGGAAAGCCUUGUACAUUAGAGAGGGAACUAAGGGAGAGUUCUUGAGAUGCAACAAGACUUUGGCAUAUAACGUCACUCUACUCAGCGUUGCAGGAUAUUAUCAAAAUUUGACCAAGGCCAACAUCCAAGCUCUAGUUUACUGUUCUGAUCUUGAUAUGUCGAUACCACACAUAGCUACACAAAAUUGGAUAAAGUCAUUAAACCUUAGCAUAUAUGACACGUGGCGUGCAUGGUUUGUUGAUGGUCAAGUAGCCGGAUUUACGGAAAUUUACAAAAUGAAAGAAGACCAUUACUUAACAUAUGUGUCAGUAAAGGGUGCUGGACAUGUAGCGCAGACAUUUAAACCCAAGGAAGUUUACCAUAUGAUAAAGAGGUGGUUUUCAUAUUCUCUUAUAUGAGAUUAUAUAUGCUUCCAUUAUUGAAAUCAAAUUUAAUAAGAGGAAAAACUUGAUUAUUGUUGUAUUUCAA